GUUCCGUCCAUUGCACCGUUUGAGGUAUUAAUUUGUCCAUUAUAUCCCUGGUUAUUACCCAGAAAUGCAAAAAAGAAAGGUGUACUAUCUCCUUCUUCGAUCAAAAGCAACUUCCUCUUAUAGCGCUGUGAUGAUUGCCUUCCUUUAAAAGCUUCUCCAUGGCUCCAUCAGGAUUUAGAGUGUGUGUGAAAGAUCAAUGCAUUGUGAUAGCAGAUAUUGAUUUGGAUAUUUACUUCACCAAAGAUCUGUAUGAAGAUGUUAUUUUAAAAGCUAAAGAACAGAAUGUUAGUCUUCCGAGGUUUCUUGGUUUUACAUACCAUCCUCCCAAUAAAGAAAUUCAAAAACUGCCAUUAGCUUCUGAUUUAGAUUGGAUAAAGAUGAUUGAGGUUUGGGGUGUAGUUUCUUCAACUUACAUUCCCUUAUAUGUGAUUGAGCUGCAAGAGCAUAGUUCAUUACAAAAAAUGGCUUAGAAACUUGAUUCCAGUACCCAAAAUUUUAAUGAGGGCAGUGACAGUGAAGUUGAGUUUUGGGUUGACAAUUUGCUUGUAACACCAACAAGUUGUAGUGACAUUCUUGAAACUGAACUAAAUACUGGUUACAAAUUUAAGUUAAAUGUGAGGAGGCAAAUCAAUAGGAGGACUGAAGUGCAGCUCCAACCAUCUCUCUUACACCCUGAAGAUGUAUCCAUUACUGAUUCCUCUGCACAGGUUUCACCGAUUACUGCAAGACCUGAUAAAAGCCCUCGAGAGGAGUUUGUCAAUGAUGAGAUACUUAAAAACAAGAAAACAAAGCAUGUGGGGGGAGAAAGAAAACUAUUUGAGAGGACUGAAUUUAAUGUGAAACUCUUGACAAAGGAAUUGAAAGGCCUAGAAGCUUAUGACAUUUCAGCCCUGAGUAAACCCCAAAUUCCUCCAGAAGUUCCUUCCUUAAAUGUAUUCUUUGAAGAGCCUGUUCUGCCAUCUCAAAGUGAAGGUCUAAAUCGGGAGAGGGUUACUGAUGAUGAAAAAGGAUCCUGUGAAGAUGAUGAAUAAGAUUGUGAUUUUGAAGGGAGUGAGGAAGAGUGUUUGAGUAGUGAGGAAGUUUCCAUGGAUGAAGAGUCAGCAAUGGAGGAUGACGUUGAUCUUGACGCUGACACUGCCUAUAGAAUGAUGCUGGGUAAUGAAGAGGAAAAUGAAGAUGGGAGUGGUAGUCAGUCUAUAGUGGAUAAAAUGGCUAAGGUGUUUAAGACUGGAAGACUAUGGAUCAGAAAUAGCCAUGGAAAAGUUGAGCUAAAAGAGGGUGACAUAUUUAGUUGCAAAGAGGAUUUUCUUAGAGUCAUGAAGGACUAUAUUAUUCAAAAAGGCAUUUCUCUAAGGAAAAUGAAAAAUGACAGGAGAAGAUACACUCAAACGUGUAAGAAUAAGGAAUGUAAAUUUAGGAUACAUGCAUCUGUUCUAGUCGAUGGCCACUCCUGGAUGAUUAAGAGCAUCUGUGAGGAUCAUGUUUGUUCAGUGAAAGAGCACCACAAGAGGGCUGGAGCAACUUGGGUUGCAACUCGCCUUCUCGAAGACUUCAGAAAUAAUAAAGACAUGAAUGUAGGUACUGCACAAAAGAUUAUUUUGAAGAAGUUUAGCACUCAUUUACCUGAUUAUACUUGCUGGAGGGCUCUUAGAUCAAUGAGGUCUAUGGUUGAAGGUAGGCAUGGGGAUGGAUAUAAGAUGUUACCACAGUACAUGGAGGUUUUUAUAGAGAAAAAUCGAGAUUCACAGUGCUUCAUUAGGUGGCAAGACAUAGGUCCAGGGGUAAACCCCAUUUUCAGAAGAUGUCAAAUUUGCAUAGGUUCAUCCAUCACAGCCUUUAAGCAACACUGUAGACCAUUGAUUGGUAUUGACGCAUGCCAUUUAAAGGGUCCAUAUCAGGGAGUGUUAUUAACUGCUAUGGCCUUAGAUGGAAACAAUGGUCAAUUUCCUUUGGCAUAUGGUGUAGCUGAUUGUGAGGAUGAAACGGAGUGGUCUUUCUUCCUACAUGGACUAGCUGUGGCUCUUGGUUGCACUGCAGAUUCUUCUAGAUACACAAUAAUAAGCAUGCAGUUAGAUGUAUUCUAAGGAUGAAUGAAAAGCUAGAGAACUAUUGUGAAGAUUGGUUUACAGUUGACAAGUACAGGAGUCUUUACGAUGGUAUCAUACAUCCUAUCCCGGAUCCAUGCAUGUGGGGUGAGAGCUCACUCCCAAAACUAGACCCCCCAAAGAACUUUAAAAAGAAGGGGCGUCCCAAGAAGCACAAAAGAAGAGAUGGAAUUGAUGAUAUAAUAGAAAAAAAGAAGGGGAUGGCUCAUGGAACCAAGCGUUGCAGCAAGUGUAAGCAGCUGGGGCACAAUCACAGGACAUGUGGGCAGAGUAGAGAUGAAGGAGGAAUGCUGCUGAAGAAGAUACAAAAGAAGAAAAAAAUCUGCAGUUG